CGUUUUCACAUUUAUUUUUAAUUUGUGUGUAGUACAUACAUUUUUAGUCUACAGUUGUUUACAAUCUCGAUUGUUUAGAAUUAGAUUGACUUAGAAAAUUAUUAUUUUUAUCAGGAAUCAUGAUCACAUACGCUUGUCACUAUUGAUUUGGCUUGCUGAGGCAUCCCUAAUGUAAUGUAGCUCGAUGUACAUGGAAUAAAAUUUAUUGUUCUAAUUGUGAAAAUUUGAUUUUUGUAUUGUUAACCCAAACGUUUCAGUUUUCUUGUGGUUUCAGCAAAUCAAAAAGAAGACAGAAUGUCUGUGGCUUUGUCAAAUGUGAUACCGGAGUAAAAUAUCUGGAUACUGCAUCAAUACUGCAAACAGAAACAUGAAAUAGAAACAUAAACAAUUUAAAUCUAAACAAAUACUAGUUCAUCUAUAAAUACUGUGAAGAAGUCAAACAAGCAGCUGCUGUCUCAACACAUUCAACUACUCUAUUAUUCUGAUCCACUGUUGUAAUGAUGGAGUGUGUUAAAGACGAGACUGAUCCUGAAUCAUUCACAAUAACACCUCAACAUACUCAACAACAAAGAGACUUGGUGGAAGUGAAAGAGGAAAGUCAAGAAUGCAAAGAACUGAAGGAUGAACUUCAGGACCACAAUUAUAUGUCUGACAGCUGCUCAGAAACGGAUGAGAAUUCCCCUCAAGAAAGAGUUUUUGCAUGCCAUCUUUGUGCUAAGACUUACUCACAUAAAGGGUAUCUAAGGUACCACCUAAAGAUUCACACUGGUGACAGGCCUCACGCAUGCUCCCGUUGUGAGAAGACUUUCAUCCAAAGAUGUGAACUUAGGCGUCACAUGAUGAGUCACACAGGUGAGAGGCCUUUUGCUUGCCCUCAUUGUGAUAAACCUUUCAGUACUAUAGGAAGACUCAAUGUUCAUAUAAAGUCUCACAGUACUGAAAGGCCGUACGUCUGCCCUCAAUGUGGAAAGGGUUUCUCAUUUAAAUCAAGUCUAAAGACCCACAUACGCAUUCACACUGGCGAGAAACCUUUUAAAUGCCCUCAGUGUGAUAAGAGUUUUAAAAACAAGGGACCCCUUAGGUUUCACAUGCGAAUUCAUACAGAUGAGAAGCCUUUUUCAUGUGAUGUGUGUGGUAAAAGUUAUAAAAUUAAAGAGUAUCUUAUGCAUCACAUGCGAGACCAUACAAGCGAGAAGCCUUUCUCAUGUGAUGUGUGUGGUAAAAGUUUUAAAAUGAAAGAAUAUCUUAAGCUUCACAUGCGAGUCCAUACAGGUGAGAAGCCUUUCUCAUGUGAUGUGUGUGGUAAAAGUUUUAAAAUUAAAGAAUAUCUUAAGCAUCACAUGCAAGUUCAUACAGGCGAGAAGCCUUUCUCAUGCAAUGUGUGUGGUAAAAGAUUUAAAACUAAAGAAUAUCUUAAGCUUCACAUACGAGUCCAUACAGGUGAGAAGCCUUUCUCAUGUGAUGUGUGUGGUAAAAGUUUUAAAAUUAAAGUAUAUCUUAAGCAUCACAUGCGAGUUCAUACAGGUCAGAAGUGAAGGAUCUUACCUUAGAUCCUCAUCUGCAGAAUGUUUUUAUUAUUGUGUUUUUUUUUUGUCAGGAUCCUGCUGGAACCUUGUCUUGUUUUAAUAUUUAGUGCAGUAUGGCAGGUUUCUGACAGUACAAUGUUUUAUGUGGGAAAGCGUGGUCUUAGUAUUAUUGUUUUAGACCACGUUUUUCCUGUGUCUCGUCACUUUUACCCUGCUCCCUUGUCAUCCUCUCCUCAUUAUUGUUUGAUUUAUAUAACCUGUUUCCCCCCUUGAUUUGCUCCCCUAUUUAAUCCUCUUGUAUUCAUUGUCCCGUGCUUGUGUAUUGUUCCAAGUUCCUGUGAGUACGUACUGUACGUUGUUUAAAAAGUCUAGUCUAGUCUAGUCUAGUCUAGUGUCAUAUAUAUUUAGUAUUUUGUCUAGUUCAUUGUUUAGUGUUAUCCUGUUUACUGUUAAGUGUUGUUAAGAUCUUGUCCUGUUUAGUGUUCUUAUCCACUCUAUAAGUAUCUUGUUUAUGUUGUUUUGCCCCCUCGUGGGUUUUUGUUUUCUGUUUUGUUAUAAUAAAAGUCUGUUGUGUAUAUCCACCUGCUGUCUGCGUUUGGGUUCGUCCUACAAACCCUAACAUAUUUCUAAUUAUUUAUUUACAUAAUCAUUUUAUAAUCAUAGUUAUCCAUAUAAUUGUUUAUUUGAUUAUUUAAUAUUAUUUUAUCAUUAUCAAUUUUAUUAUUAUUGUAAGGGAUCUCAGGUUUCGGAAGGAGAACAAAACUGCAAUCGUUCCCGGGUUUCGGACACAAUAUGUCUGAGAGCGUUGCUAGAGUACGAAUAUAUUGUAUUGCAAUAUGGAGCGUUUAAGUAUUAACACUAAAUCAAAACUAAACAACAGAUUUGUAAAUGAAAAGGUUUAAUUACAGUAUUGACUUAAAGUUAUAGUUGAAAUGGUUACAUUAUAAA